AGUGAAGUAAUAAUAAUAAUAAUAGUAGUAGUAAUAAUAGUAAUAAUAAUAAUAAUAAUUAUAAUAGUAAGAGAAAGUAGAGGAGGGAAAAGGAGGGAGGAAAGGUGGAAAAACUUAGGAAAGGAAGGAAACUAUUCCACCUUCGAGCAUGGCCUCGGUGGCAGCAUGGCUGCCGUUCGCUCGUGCGGCGGCGAUUGGUUGGGUGCCGAUCGCCACACAUCCACUGCCACCGCCGCCGAUCCCCAAGGAUCGUCGCAAGGCCGACGACGAGAAAUUAUUGAUAAACGUGAGCGGCCGUCGCUUCGAGACAUGGCGGAACACCCUCGAGAAGUAUCCGGACACUCUUCUCGGUUCGAACGAGCGCGAGUUCUUUUACGACGAGGAGAGCAAAGAGUACUUCUUCGACCGUGAUCCAGACAUAUUCCGCCACAUAUUGAACUAUUACAGAACCGGAAAGCUUCAUUAUCCGAAGCACGAAUGCCUGACGAGCUACGACGAGGAGUUGGCGUUCUUCGGUAUAUUGCCGGACGUGAUCGGCGAUUGCUGUUACGAGGAUUAUCGGGACAGGAAACGCGAGAACGCGGAGCGUUUGAUGGACGACAAGCUGAGCGAGAACGGGGAUCAAACUCUUCAGCAGUUGCCGGACAUCAGGCAAAAGAUGUGGAGGGCAUUCCAGAAUCCACACAUCUCGACGGCGGCUUUGGUAUUUUAUUAUGUAACAGGAUUCUUCAUCGCCGUGAGCGUGCUGGCGAACGUGGUCGAGACCGUGCCGUGCGGUAAUCGUCCGGGACGCGCCGGUACGCUUUCAUGCGGCGAGCGUUACAAGAUCGUAUUCUUCUGCCUGGACACCGCGUGCGUAAUGAUAUUCACCGCGGAAUAUCUGUUGAGGCUGUUCGCGGCCCCGAGCCGGUGUAAGUUCGCGCGAUCCGUCAUGUCUAUCAUAGACGUGGUCGCAAUCCUCCCGUACUACAUCGGCCUCGGCAUCACCGACAACGACGACGUAUCCGGUGCUUUCGUUACGUUGCGCGUCUUCCGUGUGUUCCGGAUCUUCAAGUUCUCGAGGCACUCGCAAGGGCUCAGGAUCCUCGGUUACACGUUGAAAUCGUGCGCCUCGGAGCUCGGUUUCCUCGUCUUCUCCCUCGCAAUGGCGAUCAUCAUAUUCGCAACCGUGAUGUUCUACGCGGAGAAGAACGUCGAUGGAACGAACUUCACCUCGAUACCUGCCGCGUUCUGGUACACGAUCGUCACGAUGACCACAUUAGGGUACGGUGACAUGGUUCCGAAAACGAUCGCGGGAAAAAUCGUGGGGGGUGUAUGCUCUCUCAGCGGUGUCCUUGUGAUCGCUUUACCGGUGCCUGUUAUCGUCAGUAAUUUCAGCCGAAUAUAUCACCAGAAUCAGCGGGCCGAUAAGCGAAAGGCGCAGAGGAAAGCAAGAUUGGCACGGAUCAGGAUCGCGAAAGCGUCGAGCGGGGCGGCCUUCGUGAGCAAAAAGAAGGCGGCCGAGGCGCGUUUGGCCGCGCAGGAGAGCGGCCUUCAGCUGGACGACAAUUACAAGGAGGAGGAUAUCUUCGAACUGCAGCAUCAUCAUCUACUUCGUUGUUUAGAGAAGACCACGGAUCGCGAGUUCGUGGAGAUGGAGGUGCCCUACAACGGUGCCCCGAAGAGGCCGGGCUCGCCCUCGCCCCUCACCUCUCCCGCGCACAGCACUGCCUCGAGGGGCGGCCUGCUGCACGCCUGCUGCGGCCGCUGCUACCCCCAACGUUACCAGAGCUUGUCUUAUCAGCUCACCUCGAACGAGAGCAAGGAUAGAGUGGUGCUCGUAUAUGAAGACCGUAUACAAGUGCGGAAAAAGGACCUAAAGAAGCGCGGUUCCCACACCUGUGACAUGCAGGCCCUACAGCCACUUCCGGUCCCAACCACCACAACCACCAACACCGCGCCUGCCAUGACUACUUCCGGUGGCCAGCCUCCGCUUCCGGUUCGCGACAAAAUUCUAGUGGAGGAUUGUACGCGAAUAAUUUUUCUGCUCGAUCUUCGAUUUCGAUUUACAGAUCGUCGAGAGUCACCGGUUCGUCGAUUCCCUCCUCGUCGGUUUCCGGCCGCGUUGAACCGGAAAUCGCGUCGGUGCAGAACGAUUCACCGAGUUAAUCGAUCGGUUCUCGAGGCCUGUAUGCUGAUAUAGCGAAAAAAUUUUCGAGGAAUGAAGGAAAAAGAUGAGACCGGCGACUCUCGAAAUCGGUAUGUGAGUGUGUGUGCAUGUAUUUCUGCGUGUAUGUAUGUGCGUGUGUGCAUGUGUGUGUGUGUGCACCGAGGAGAAAGCUUGACACUCUUUGCUCUCGUCAAAAGAAACGACGAUAUUCCAAGGUCCUUAGUUGGAAAAAAAAAAAAAAAAAAAAAAAAAAAAAGAGGGAAGAGAGAAAAAGAGAUUUCGUAUUUUGCGAAUAUUUUUUUUUCUUUUUUCUUUUUCCUUUUUUUUUUUCUUUAUUCCUUCUUUUUCCUCCUCAUUUUUCUUUUUGGUGCACGAGAAAUACGAGAAGAUCGAGGGAACACGCGAGAUCGAGAAGAAGCGAGGAUUAUGAAUAACGAGUCUUUCAAUUCACUACCGUACUGCCAAUUUUUCCGAUGCGACGCGUAAAUAACUUUAAUAAAA